GCAUUAUUCCCUUCAUUGAACACCCCUCUGAGCAUCCCUUUCUUCUCCACCGCUCACACCCCUUCCCUUCCCUUCCCUCACAGACCACCACAUCGAUCCCAUCAUGCCCGUCAAGCGCGAGCACCUCGAUGACUCCUCCACCGUCGACUCACGCUACUCGCCAUCGUCGCUGAUCAGCCACGAGGCGUCCGACGACAAGUACCGUUCCCUGUCCGAGAGCAGCGAUCAGGUCUCGUCGGACAACUAUCAGCCCACGUCACGCUCCACGACGCCCUCGAGCUCGUGCCCCUCGUCGCCCAGGCCCUCGCCCGCCAAGAGGGCCAAGCUCGCUUCCGCUACACCCUCGAAAGGAGCGCGCGCUGCGGCCCAGGCAAGGGCCAGCGCCAGUAGCGCCAGCGCCAGCCCGCGGAAGCAGACGGCCAAGGGAUGGACUCACGAAGAAGUGGAGAUGAUCCUCCUCUACCUUGCCUCCCGGAACAUCGCCCCGCUGAGCCCAGCCGACAUGGCAAAGCUUCUCGAGCUGCUUCCCGGCCGCACCGAGCGCGGGAUCAAGGACCAGGUGAAUCUCAAGCUGCGACCGAGGAUGAAGCAGCUGCAGGGAAAGUGA